AAAAUACUAAGAAGCUCUGUUGUUAUAUUAUACAUGUGCGAAUACAUGUCAGAAAAGUAAAUGGAACUUGAUGUUUGAGAUAUUUAUCGUGUGCAAGACUUUAAUGUGUAAAACAAACGUGAAACAAAUAUGGGAAAAUUAAACGUCACAAUUUUACGAUAUUUAUCACGGGAUGAUUUCCGUGUUUUAACAGCUAUCGAGAUGGGAAUGAAGAAUCAUGAACUUGUUCCUGCAUCAUUAGCUGCUCAGAUAGCAAAUUUACGUUAUGGAGGUGUUCAUAAGUUAAUGAAGGAACUGUGCAAGCAUAGACUUCUCAGCUAUGAACGUGGGAAACAUUAUGAUGGUUAUCGAUUGACAAAUGCUGGUUAUGAUUAUUUAGCUUUAAAGGUCUUGGCUCAGAGAGGUACCUUGUCCUCAUUUGGUAAUCAAAUAGGUGUGGGAAAAGAAUCUAACAUUUAUGUAGUUGCUGAUGAACAAGGAAAUCCAGUUUGCUUAAAGCUACACAGGUUAGGAAGAACAUGUUUCAGAAACAUUAAAGGUAAAAGAGACUAUCAUGGGCAUAGGAAGUCUGCAUCAUGGUUAUAUUUAUCAAGAAUAUCUGCUACAAGAGAGUUUGCUUAUAUGAAAGCACUUUUCGAUAGAGGAUUUCCAGUGCCAAAGCCAAUUGAUCUUAACAGACAUUGUGUUGUUAUGGAGCUGGUUGAAGGUGGACCUCUGUGCGGCGUAUACGAAGUGGAAAACGUUGAAUCACUUUAUGAUGAGUUAAUGAAUUUAAUUGUAAAACUCGGAAAUCAUGGAGUCAUCCACGGCGAUUUCAACGAAUUUAAUAUCAUGAUGACAAAUAGCGGGAAAGUAAUUUUAAUCGACUUUCCGCAGAUGAUUUCCACUGAGCACGUCGACGCUAAAAUGUAUUUCGACAGAGAUGUGAAUUGCAUUCGCGAUUUCUUCAAAAGACGUUUCGCUUAUGAAAGCGAGUUAUAUCCAACAUUUCAAGAUAUUUCGAGGGAGGAUUGCAUUGAUGCAGAAAUUAAGGCCAGUGGUCUGACUAAACAGAUGGAAAAGGAUCUUUUAAGGGAAAUGGGUAUUGACGAAUCUGAAGAUGUGGAAGACAAUCAGCUAGCAGAGGAAACCGAAGAAGAGAAAACUGUAGAUGAAAAGGAAAUUGGUUACCUACAACAUCAACUCGAAAUCUCCAUGAAAAAUGAAUUUUCGUGUACAUCCAGGCCAAUUAUAGCGGCAUCAGAGACAAAUAAAGCUGAAGAUUCGGAAAGUUUGGAGAAUCAAAUCGUAGAAGAAGGUGUUAGAAACAUCGAUAUAAAUAAGUCAUCGGAAAGCACAGAGAACUCAAAGUUGUGCAAUUUAAAUGUCAAACAUAACCUAGAAUCAGUAAAAUCACAAACGUUCAAUUCGGAAGACGAGUACGAAGAAAGUAGUAAAUUCAGCGAUUCAAGAAGUAUGUACAGUAAUACCACGACCGCUACAAUCGCUCCAGAAGUUAUUAAACAAAGGGUAAAAGUAACUUUACAAAGACGCGAUAAGAAAGAUCAAUCAAAAAGAACUCUUGUGAAAGGUGAAGCAAACGCGGUUACCAGAGUUAGAAGAGAGAACAGGGAUACGAUUAAGCAAUCGACGGGAAUAUGGGGGUGGGAAUGAAAUAUUUGUUACUCGUAAAUUAUUUAUAAUAUGCGAACGAUUGGUACAAACGGUAAUAAACCUUUAUCCGUUGACGCGUUUGAUUGUUUCUUUUCCUACCUCUGUGCAUAUAUACAAAUGUUUCGCAACUCUUUUGAUAUGUAUAGAAAUACAGUUAGUUCUCGACUUAUACGGCUAGUUCGUUCUGGAACUUCUCGUGUAUGUGGACAGUGUCAACCCACCACCGAAACAUUUAUCUUCAUCGUGGCGAGGAGGUGAAAUUUGAGAAACGCUGGCCUACGGUAUAGAUCGACGAGGAGAAGCGUCAUUUGUCGAUCGACGAAAGAAGGAAAGGUUUCCAUGGGUUAUGGGUGAUAAGGCAGCUCGUCGUGGUGAUAGCGAGAACUAACCGUUCUCGGCGGGUGUUCAUAUAUAGACGGCGCGCGUUCUCCUUCUUUAGUUUCGAGUCGGGUCCCAGUGUUCUUUCGGGAAAUAUUUCGUUUCCUUCCAUUUGUUCGAACGCAACCGUCGCCUACGAUCAUGGCCAAGGACAAUCUCACCGCUAUUCUUUACGGCAUCAAUGACAUUCGUUUGG